AUCAGAUGUUAACCUGGUUAGUCUUUAUAGCCUGCAACAUAAGCUAUAUAUUUGUCCCAUAUUCCGUAGAUAUUGGAUACUCAAGUUUUCAUAUCUCCCAUAUAUCUCUCUAGAAAGGAAGCUGACAUAAGUUCAAAAUACACUCUGUAAGCCUUCACAAAACCUAAGAAGAAGAAGAAGGAGAAGAAGAGAUCAAGGAUGGAUUUCUUCUCCCUGCUAGUGGUGGCAUUGAUGCCAGUCCUCCAGCUUCUGCUAAUAUGUCUUGUCGGAGCAAUUCUAGCAUCAGAGAGCAUCAACAUCCUCCCCCCAAGUGCCCGAAAAUAUACAAAUAAGAUUGUGUUCUCUGUGUUUGCUCCAGCUCUCAUAUUUGGUAGCCUAGCGAAAACUAUCACAGCCGAGGAGAUUAUAUCUUGGUGGUUUAUGCCCGUUAACAUUGGGUUUACCUUCUUGAUCGGGGGAAGCCUGGGAUGGGUAGCAGUAAAGAUCUUGAGACCAGAGAAACAUCUUGAAGGCCUUAUCAUUGCCAAUUGCUCUGCAGGAAAUCUGGGAUAUAUGCUGCUCUUAAUCAUCCCUGCGGUCUGCAAAGAGGAUGAGAGUCCAUUUGGGGAUUCUAGCAUAUGUACUACCAGAGGACUAGCCUACAACGCACUAUCUAUGGCGCUUGGAGGUCUUUACAUAUGGACUCACACAUACAGUCUGAUGAAAAAUGCUGGUGCAAUUAUUGAGAGGAGCAGAACAGGUGGGGUAUCAGAAAGGAUAACGUUAAGCAAUUCAGAUGCAGAUAUGGAAUCUCACUUGAUUGAAAAGGAGAAUGAAGAAGUUGUUAGUACUUCAUCAAUGAAAGCUGAAGACGACCGAACUAUUGUACAAUUGUUACCUAAUGGAAAGCUCAAAGGAAAGAUUGUGAACUUUUGGGGGAAAAUACAUGGAAGUCUUCACCUAAUUGUCGAGGAACUCAUGGCACCUCCAACUAUUGCUGCAAUAUCUGGCUUUAUAGUCGGAGUGGUACCCUGGUUAAAAUCACUUAUUAUUGGAAGCACUGCUCCCUUCAGAGUUAUCGAAGAUUCACUUAAACUUUUAGGAGAUGGCACAAUACCGUGCAAUAUUCUCAUUUUAGGAGCAAACUUAACCAAUGGACUACGCAGAUCAACUUUGCCGCCUUUUACAAUCCUAUCCAUCAUUAUUGUUAGGUAUAUUGCCCUUCCAAGUGCUGGGAUUCUAGUAGUAAAAGGAGCCAGCAAAUUUGGUUUCCUGCCUCAAGAUCCACUGUAUCAAUAUGUGCUACUACUACAAUUUGCUCUCCCACCUGCAACAGCUAUUGGUAUCAUGGCUGAGCUAUUCGAUGUUGGACAACAAGAGUAUUCUGUUAUCUUCCUGUGGACGUACUUAGUUUACACUCUUGCACUCACAUUUUGGUCAACAGCGUUCAUGUAUAUCUUAGCUUAGAUCCUGGAAAUGAAGCAAAAAAUUUUGCUAGGGAGAAGUAAAGUUCUUAGGACCAUUCUUCUUUUUAUCGUACGUAUAUCACCCUAGAUUGAAGAAAUCCGAAGUCAGAUAUGUUUGUAAUAUGUGAUUGUAUCUAGUAAGCUUGCUCUGGAAGGAGAAGCUCCGACCAAGAGCAUGACACUAAAAAUUUCGAGUUUGUAAUUCCUCUGUUCUAUGAAAAAAGUUUGUAAUA